CACAGCCAGGCCAGGCUGGCCCACCACUGCUUCCAUGCUAACCUUUUGCACAGAAAUGGAUUAACUGUUUUUCCAAAAAUGUUUUCACGUCUUAUUUAGAGAACAAUGAGAUCUCUCCUGAAGAUGUUUCCACAAUCAGGGAAAUCGAUUGUCUUUGACAACUUUCCAGAUCCCACUGACGCCUGGGACAUCAUCGAGACAAUCGGGAAAGGGACCUACGGAAAAGUCUACAAGGUGCUCAACAAACUUGAUGGAAGUAAAGCUGCUGUAAAGAUACUGGACCCCAUCCAUGAUAUUGAUGAGGAGAUCGAAGCAGAGUACAACAUUCUCAAAGCUCUUUCUGACCAUGCCAAUGUUGUCAAAUUCUACGGGAUGUACUACAAGAAGGACGUGAAAUGUGGAGACCAGUUGUGGCUAGUACUGGAGCUCUGCAAUGGUGGCUCUGUGACAGAUUUGGCUAAGGGCAUGCUGAAGAGGGGAGACAGAAUGGAUGAAGCCAUUAUUGCCUACAUCUUGCAUGAGGCCCUCAUGGGUCUCCAGCACCUGCAUGUCAACAAGACCAUCCACCGUGACGUCAAAGGCAAUAACAUCCUGCUAACGACACAUGGAGGGGUCAAGCUUGUGGAUUUUGGUGUUUCAGCCCAGCUGACAAAUACCCGUCUGAGGAGGAACACCUCUGUGGGAACUCCCUUCUGGAUGGCUCCUGAGGUGAUAGCAUGUGAGCAGCAGCUGGACUCAACCUACGACGCUCGCUGUGACGUCUGGUCACUCGGCAUCACCGCCAUAGAGCUGGGAGAUGGAGACCCACCCCUCUCUGAACUUCACCCAAUGAGAGCCCUUUUCAAGAUACCCAGAAAUCCUCCACCUACUCUCCACCAGCCGGAGCUCUGGUCAGAUGACUUUAAUGACUUCAUCUGCAAAUGUCUGAUUAAGGACUUUGAGCUGAGACCAAAUGUGCUAGACCUGCUCCAGCAUGUGUUCAUCAAACGGAUUGUUGGCAGAGAGAAAAUACUGCAGAAACAAUUGAUUGAACUCAUUGAUCUCAACCAACAAAUAGGAGUCAUCGAAAAAACAAGCCAUCAUGGAAAGACAGAAAGAAGCACAGACAGUAAUGACAGGCAUGAACGCAUUCAUACUAAAAGAGGAGGCCAUAUGAAGACACAGACUGACCCAGAUGAGGUGGACGACCUCGCCACCCUCGAAGUUCUAGAUGAGAACACAGUCACAGAGCAGCUCCAGAGCCGCUAUGGACGAGAUCAAAUCUACACGUAUGUGGGAGACAUCCUCAUCGCAGUCAAUCCUUUCCAUAAGAUGGAGAUAUACACCCCUGAGUACACCAAGAUGUACAUAGGAGCGAAGCGUACAGCUAAUCCACCACACAUCUUCGCUGUGGCUGACAUUGCCUACCAGUCCAUGGUGUCAUAUAAUGCAGACCAGUGUGUGGUGAUCAGUGGGGAAAGUGGAGCAGGAAAAACAGAGGGUGCUCAUCUGUUGGUACAGCAGCUGACAGUUCUCGGAAAGGCUAAUAAUCGGACUCUCCAGGAGAAGAUCCUGCUGGUCAAUAGCCUGGUGGAGGCAUUUGGAAACGCCUGCACCGUCAUCAAUGACAACUCCAGCCGCUUUGGCAAGUACCUGGAGAUGAGGUUCACCUGCGGAGGAACAGUGGUUGGAGCACAGAUAUCUGAGUACUUGCUGGAGAAGUCGAGAGUCAUCCACCAGGCAGUAGGAGAGAAGAACUUCCACAUCUUCUACUACAUUUACGCCGGCCUGGCUGACAGGAAGAAACUCGCCCACUACAAGCUCUCUGACAACAAAACACCUAAGUAUCUGUGUAAUGAGCACAUUAAAUUAGGGCCUGACAUAGUGAGCAACACCUUCUACAAGGAGCAGUUUGAUGCGGUGGAGCAGUGUUUCAAAGUCAUUGGAUUCACCCUGGAGGAGCUGGGCAGUGUUUACAGCACUCUGGCUGCCGUCCUCAACUCCGGCGAUAUCGAGUUUUCUCCGGUUGCCUCGGAGCACCAAACUGACAAGAGUGACAUCUCCAACAUUUCUGUCCUGGAGAACGUGGCAUCACUGCUGUGUAUCCGCUCAGAUGAGCUCCAGGAAGCCCUGACCUCCCACUGUGUUGUGGCCCGGGGAGAGACGAUCGUCAGGCCAAACACGGUGGAAAAAGCUGCGGAGGUGAGGGACGCCAUGAGCAAGGCUCUCUACGGCCGUCUCUUCAGCUGGAUCGUCAACCGCAUCAACGCCCUGCUGCGGCCCGACAGCAACCUAGGAGAGAAUGACAAGGGCUUGAACAUUGGCAUCCUGGACAUCUUCGGUUUCGAGAACUUCAAGAAGAACUCUUUCGAGCAGCUCUGCAUCAACAUCGCCAACGAGCAGAUCCAGUUUUACUUCAACCAGCACAUAUUCGCUUGGGAACAGGAUGAGUACCUGAAUGAGGAGGUGGACGCUCGGAUGAUUGAGUAUGAAGACAACCGGCCCCUCCUGGACCUGUUCCUGCAGAAGCCCAUGGGGAUGCUCUCACUUCUGGAUGAGGAGAGUCGCUUUCCGCAGGCCACCGACCAGACCCUCGUAGAGAAAUUUGAAGAUAACCUGAAGACGAAAAGCUUCUGGAGACCAAAGAGGGUCGACCUCGGCUUUGGUAUUCACCACUACGCUGGGAAGGUGAUUUACAAUGCUGCAGGCUUCUUGGCCAAAAACAGGGACACGCUACCAGCUGACAUCGUCCUGCUGCUGAGGUCGUCAGAAAACGAGCUCACUCGCAAACUUGUCACCCAUCCCCUCACCAAAACAGGCAACCUUGCCCACACCAAGGGUAAAGGCAUAAACACAAUGCGCAGCCCACGGACCCCAACACGCACCAUCACCUUUGCCAAGAUGGGAGUGCUAACCUUAUACAGUUCUUUUUCUUUCAGUGAGCCUUCUCGGGAAUUAAAGCUCACCCCCUCAAAAAAAUGCUUGCUUCCUGUGCCUCUCGAUGACACAGUUCAAAUGCAAACGCUGGGUGAACCCACAGACCAGCCUUACCACCCGAGAGAAACCACCAAUAUGAGAACACAGACAGUGGCCUCCUACUUCAGAUACUCUCUGAUGGACCUGCUGUCUAAGAUGGUGGCAGGGCAGCCUCACUUUGUUCGCUGUAUCAAACCAAACAACGAUCGCCAUGCCAAUAAGUUUGACCGGGAGAAGGUGCUGGUUCAGCUGCGAUACACCGGAGUCCUGGAGACCGCAAAGAUCAGACGACAGGGCUACUCUCAUCGCAUCCUGUUUGCUAACUUCAUAAAGAGGUACUACAUCUUGGCUUUCCAUGCUCAUGAAGAGCCAGCUGCAACUCAAGAAGCAUGCGCCGCAAUACUAGAGAAGGCCAAGCUGGAGAACUGGGCAAUGGGGAAGACUAAGGUGUUUCUCAAAUACUACCACGUUGAACAUCUGAACCUGAUGGUGCAGCAGGCCACACAGCGGAUCAUUCUGCUCCAGGCUUAUGUCAGAGGCUGGCUCGGAGCAAAACGAUACCGGCGGAUAUUAAAAGAGCGAGAACAGAGUGCUCUGGUGCUGCAGUCAGCUUACAGAGGUCAUAAAGUUCGGAAGAGGGUGGCUGAUGACAAAAGCAAAGCAAAGUUUGAGGCCUUCAUUGUCCAGUUUCAGGCUGUUUGCAGGGGCUAUCUUGCAAAAAAGAAAUACAAGGAGUUGGUAGAUGAGAAAAACAAAGCUGCGACCAAGAUUCAGGCUCGCUACAGAGGGCACAAGGAGAGGAAGAGCUUCAAAAGAAAACGGGAAGCCAAAGAGAAAGAGAAAGCAGAGAAGGCCCUUAAAGAACAAGAGGAAGAGACUCCUGAACCAGAGACGAUCACCAGUGAAGAAAAACCUGCUGCUCCUGACAACGAAGUAACAAACGAGGAAGACGAAACUAAGGCUGCGGUGGUUCUCCAGAGCAACUUCAGAGGCUACAAAGAGAGAAAAAAGUUUAAGGAGAGGAAAAAGACGAUGGCUGGGGCCGAGCUAGAGUUACCACCAAACGUAGUGACAGAGCAAGAGGAGCCUACCAGCAAAGAGGAGGAAGGGGAGAAGACAGGUAAUAUACAAGAGGAGAAUGAAGAUGAGGAGGAAAGUACUUAUGAUGCAGAAGAGAAUGAUGACAGUGAUCACACGCAGGUACCAGAGGAUGACGAACACACAGAACUGGUAGAUGAAGCGGUUAUUGAGGAUGCACCGGCAGCAGAUGCUGUGAAAGAAGAGCAGGAGGAGGAUAAGAAGGAGGAGAAUCGUCAAGAAAAGGCUGCAGGGGAAGAGGCUCCUAACGUAGAAGAAGAAACCAAGGCUGCCACUGUCCUCCAGAGUAAUUUUAGAGGUCACAAAGAGAGGAAGAGGUUGCAGGAUGAAGGCAAGAUCCCAGCUAAGAAACAGAAACCAAAAAGUCCUACUGCUGAAGAAGAAGUGCCCACAGUGAGCAGCCCUACAGGUGAGGAAGAUGUGCCCCCAGCUCAAGCACCAGCAGAGGAAGUCAGCAGUGAAGUAACAGAAAAGGAAGAAGAAUCCACAGUAGCUCAAGAUGCUGCAGAUGUUUCUUCAAGCGAUGUCAAGUCAGAGGACCCAGACGAGGCCAAAGCAGCUGUGGUGCUUCAGAGCAACUUCCGCGGCCACAAGGAGCGCAAACGACUCGAGGAGGAAGGAAAGAUCCCGAAGAAGAAGAGAAAGAAGGAGGAGGAAGUUACACCAGAACCUCCAAAAGAAGAAGAGGAACAGGUAGUGCAGACAGAAGAGUCAGUGCCGGAAUCCCAGCCGGAUGCUUCUGCUGAGAGCCCAGAGGGACUGGACGAGGAAAAAGCUGCUACAGUCCUUCAGAGUAACUUCAGAGGCCAUCGGGAUCGAAAGAAACUGAAAGCAGAGAGGGAAAUGAAAAACAAAGCAAAGGAAGAAGCUGCCAAUGAUGUAGAAGAGGAAACUAAAGAGGAGGCAGAGGAAGCAGUCCUGGAUGUUGAGGACGUGAUGAUAGAACGUAAAGAGGAGACAGAUGCUGAAAAAGAGAGACUGGAGGAAGAGCAGGCUGCAGUGAAGAUACAGAGCAACUUCAGAGGGUACAAGGACAGAAAGAACCUGAAGGCCAGCAGGCAGACAGCUCAGACAGAAGCUUCACAACUAGAGAACUUCUCCAAACAGAUCACAAAGACUUCUCAGGACUUUCUGGCCCUGCAGCAGAAGUUGAAUGAGAUCAUCCAGGCCCAUCAAUCAAACCCCGAGAGCAAUGGCAUGUUUGUGAGAGGAAAAGCAAUCAAUGGCUAUGCUCCCCAGAUUCACCAAUCAACAGAGAAGAGAAAGUCUAGGACCCCCCGCCGGACCCAGCAGCCAAAGACCCUCAACACACCAGAGGACUCCACCUAUUACACCCUGAUUCAUCGGUCUGUCCAGGAUGAUAAACGCAAGCCCAGGAAAGAGGAUCCAGGGAAGCUGCUGGAUGUGGAUGACCACUACUACCGUGAACUGUCCACCAGCAAGUCUGAACCCUGCAUCCCCACAGAGGAGACGCCACCCAGCAGCCUGCCCGAGAGACGGCAGUCGAUACAGAGGAGAGGGUCUACAGAGACGAGGCGGUCCACAGAGCAGGAACCAGCUGCUGCCAGCAGACAGACCAGAGAGAGGGCCGUCACUGAACCAGCACCUCCCAAACCUGUCAGUGACAACAGGCGCUCCGUUCCCAGAAUGCCCUCCACAGAGAGUCGGACUGACGACAACCCGUAUGACUUCAGACAUCUACUGAGGAAGACUUCACAGAGACGAAGGCUCAUCAAACAGUACUGAUCACACGACUGAACUUUUUUAGCCAUUUGGCCCAUAAUCUGUCAGGAUCUGAAUGUGGCAGUGUGUUAUCAUGUGUCAUGCUACAUGAUAUGUUAGUAUUUGAUUGGUCACAGCUUCUUCAUAAACCUUUGAAAUGAAACAGAAAUGAAAACUGCAUUGAUUAUAAGUCACCGCUGUUCUUAUUAAUCUAAAAGCAGGACAGGAUGAAGGUUAAUGUAAAUAAUAAAAUGUCACAUACUUAAAUCUGUAAAUGAAGGUUUUAUUUAUGUCAUUUGUAAACUAGGCGUUUUUGCUCAUGUGUGCUGUAUCCAUUUCCUCUCUGGUUUGGUAAAUAUUGUGUUUGAGGUUAUAUAUUUAAACUAGAAUUGUGUAAAAUAUCUAGAGAUCGUGUAAAUACAAAAGCCAUGCUCUUUCACUUGAAUACUUUACAUUUCAAUCCAUUUUGAAGGAUGUAUUUUCUGAAAAAAAAAAAAAAAAGCUGCUUCAGUGUUUCAGUGUUUCUCUCUGUUUUGUUCAUUUAAACAUAAAAUGUAUCAAAUUCCUUGUGAUGUUUGAUUUAUCUAACA